CGAGCCGGAAGUGGCCGUGGGCCGGCGUCCGGGCAGCGCCCGCAGUGAGCAGCGUCUCUGCGGCCGGCGACGCCAUGGAGCCCGGGGCGGCCGAGCUGUACGACCAGGCCCUGCUGGGCAUCCUGCAGCACGUGGGCAACGUCCAGGACUUCCUGCGCGUGCUCUUCGGCUUCCUCUACCGCAAGACCGACUUCUACCGCCUGCUGCGCCACCCGUCCGACCGCAUGGGCUUCCCGCCCGGGGCGGCGCAGGCCCUGGUGCUGCAGGUAUUCACGGCCUUCGACCACAUGGCCCGUCAGGACGACGAGAAGAGGAGGAAGGAGCUGGAGGAGAAGGCCAGGAGGAAGGAGGCCGAGGAGGCCGUGGCGGCCGCCGUUGAGCAAGAGCCAGUCCCCGCCCUGGGACAGGAGGUGGAGGUCGGCCUCGGCGCAGACUCGGGCGGGCCUCAGGGACCACCGGGCCCACGGGGUGCCGGGCCGGAGGCGGCCCCCAGCUCGGGGGAGGCAGAGCCCCCGGGGGCUCAGGCGGGUGCCCCCGAACUGCCGAAGGAACCCCCAGCUCUUCCCAAGAGGCAGGAGCAGUUCCAGAGAAACCCCGACAGCUACAAUGGUGCCGUGCGUGAGAACUACACCUGGUCGCAGGACUACACCGACCUGGAGCUCAAGGUGCCGGUGCCCAAGCACGUGGUGAAGGGCAGGCAGGUCUCGGUGGCCCUGAGCAGCAGCUCCAUCCGGGUGGCUGUGCUAGAGGAGGAUGGGGAGCACGUCCUCAUGGAAGGGAAGUUCACCCACAAGGUCAACACCGAGAGCUCUCUCUGGAGCCUGGAGCCUGGCAAGUGCGUCCUGGUGAGCCUGAACAAGGUGGGUGAGUACUGGUGGAGCGCUGUCCUGGAGGGCGAGGAGCACAUCGACAUCGACAAGAUCAACAAGGAGCGCUCCAUGGCCACGGUGGACGAGGAGGAGCACGCCGUGCUGGACAGGCUCACCUUCGACUACCACCAGAAGCUGCAGGGCAAGCCGCAGAGCCACGAGCUGAAAGUGCACGAGAUGCUGAAGAAGGGGUGGGAUGCUGAAGGCUCCCCCUUCCGAGGCCAGCGAUUCGACCCGGCCAUGUUCAACAUCUCCCCGGGGGCUGUGCAGUUUUAAUGCCCGGAGGAAAGGAAGUGCCCGCUGGCCGGGAGGCGGGAUGUUGGCCAUGCCCCCGGCUCCCUCCUGCCAGGGACUCGUUGGCGGGUUUGCCCUUGCCAUCCUUUCCUUCAAGGGUGAACCCGCGGCACCCGGCCCUGCAUUUCCAGACUGCAGGGAGCAGUGCGGGGCGAGCGGGACGCCGGCCACCCGCUCUCCUCUUGCUGCCGUGCACACGCUCUGCUUGCUUUCCUUGUGCUGGGGGCGGGGAGUGGGUGCUGGGCCAGCUGCUGACGUGGGGGGGGGCGGGGGGAGCCCUAGCCUUGACAUCUCCCUGCCCCACGUGUGCGUGUGGUGUUGCUUGGCGUUUGUGCGCGUCCGCCACCUGCUCAUCCCCGUCAAGGAGCAGCAGCAAGUGGGGUCCUGGUCGCCGCUUCUGGAUGUGAGGACACAGUCCCUAGUGGCCACAGGCGCAGCAGGAACUGGCCUCGACGUCUUCUCGUGGGACCCGGUUCUUGUCAAAGAGCUGACCGGGUGCCCCCAGGAGACCAGAGCACGGCGGCCCCGCCCCUGCCCCGUCGGCCGUCGGACGGCAGGUCUCCCGGGACCUCCCCUCGUGGCUCUGUCCUCGGGGCGGACAAGGACUCCUUUCUGGGCGACGGUCCCUCCGGAAACGGCCCCCUUCGCCUGAGUAGGUCGGAGGGGGCUCGUCAGUCAUGUGGGGGCAGGUUUGUGGCUCACAGAGGCCUGAAUACCCAGUCCCUGGGAAGCAUCGGGUGGCUCUGCCGCCUUCGAGGGAGGUGCAGACGCCAGGUGGCUGGUGGGAGCAUCGCCGGGGGGGGCGCGGAGCCCUGUCCCCUGUAGUUGGCACUGAGGCUGGUCGUGGAGCCGCUGAGACCCGUCCUCGGGGGCCCCCGGGAUGUGCACGCCUGCCCCACGUCACCAGCGUCUCGUGUGAGAACUGUUCUCGAUGGUCUCGGGCCCCUGGGCCACGCCGUGAGGGUCUUCUGGUGUGACGAGGGGGGCUGUGCACCUGCAUCCCAGCCACUUGGGAGCCCGGGGAGCCGUGGACUCUGUGGUCCGUCUUCCUCUGCCCGACGUUCUCUUCAGUGUUGUGUUUCUGCCCCGCCCCGCCGGUCAUGAUGGCGGCUCACCGGCGUCUGGGAGUGGCGGGCUGGGGCCGCCACGCCGGUCCACGCUGCUGAUGGCGGGCUGUCCUCACGGGCGUCCUCUGCCCCUCGCUGCCGGCUGGGCCCUGGAGCCGUGCAGCCCGUGUGUUUUCUCUCUCUAGACGCGGCCGCCGCAGAUUGGCCACUGAGCUCCGUCAGCCGAGGUCCGCGGAGAGCAGGGUGCCCGCCUGCGAAGUCCCUCUCCAGUGUCGGUUUGCAAUAAAUCUGUAUUUAAGCA